AUGGCGCCCUCAGCGCCAGCCCCGUCGAACGAGCCCAUCAAGCGGGAUCGAGACUCAUUGACGCCUCUGUCCACCGGCUCACCUUUGACGGAGAUCGACGAGCUUGAGUCAAAGCGGCCGCGUCUCGACCUCGCAGCAUCCACACAACCAGCUGAAUCUUCAACUCAGACGGCGAGCAGCUCAUCAAACCGAGAAGGCGAAGUCACCAUCCUGGCCGGCCUCCACCUCCCUCUCAACGAAGAAGUCUUCAAGACCUUCUUCCAGUACGCACACGACCGUCACGAUGCUUUCCUAAAAAGGAAGGAGGGCAACUCGCAAGAGGACUGGACUACUGAUCCAGUCCUGCGAUCUACGAAGUUUGCCAACGUCUUCAGGGUGCUCGAUCGCUCGACACAGUAUGUCCUGACCAAUGUGGUCCAGGAUGGCCCACAAGACCAACGCGAGGUGUGCUUUCGCAUUAUCCUCUUCAGAUCCUUUGCCCGUAUCAGCACGUACGAAGUCAUCAAGAGCGCUUUGGGAGGUGCUCCGACGCUGGCAGGAUUCUCGCCGGCCGCCUACGAAAACAUCCUCCUGCCGCAUAUCGGCGCCGGUAACCCAGUCUAUGGCAGCUCGUACUUCAUUCCAGCUCCGAGGGACUUCAAGACGCAGUACCCCUUUCAAUCUACAUUGCGGCUGAUCCAGCUCAUGAUCAGGACUGGGCUACCGGAGAAACUAGCCGAGCUGCAUCAUAUGCGAGAUGCUCACUCACUACUGGUAACCUGCCCAGGCCUAGGACCCUUCCUUGCUAUGCAGUUGCUGCUCGACCUCAAUCUCUCGGAACACUUUGACUUCAACGAAGAAGAAUUCGCAGCUUGCGGACCUGGGUCACGCGCCGGCCUGGUCGAGAUCUUCGGCAAGUACGUCUCGGGCUUCGAGCUCGAUGCGAUGCGCUGGAUCCAGGCCAAUCAAGACCACUACUGGGCCAAGUACGGCAUCGCGAAUGUUCCGCAUCUGUGUCCGGCGCGCAAACCGGGCCUCAACGUCGUCGAUAUCGAACACACCCUGUGCGAAGUGUUCAAGUAUCGCCGUGCGAAGGGCCGAAUGGAAGCAACGCCUGCUGUGGGUCGUUCUGGCAGACGGCGUGGUCGCGGAGCAUCCUCAGCCGCCACACCCACGCCCUCUCCCCGUCCCAUCAAGACUGAACGCCCGAUCAAGCUCGAGGACGAUCAGGACGGCGUGGACGGUCUCGACUUCGACCAUAUCCGCUCGAACGGCUCGAAAACAUCUGCCCCUGAGAAGGUCAGAACUUUCGCCGCCACGAGCUCGACGGUCACAGGCCACCUACCGGCCAAAUGGCUUGUCCCUCGUCCGCCGGACAACUACGAGAAGCCCCCUCCCAUCGACCGCAGCGGCGAAGAGGUGUAUGAGGUUAGCCACAUUGUCACCAUCACGCCGACGCACAGCAAGUGUCUCGUCAGGUGGAAGGGCUUUGGACCCGAAGAUGACACGUGGGAGCUAACAGAGGAGCUAUGCAGUGGAGGGGCGAAGGAGGCAGUGGACGAGUUCAUGAAGUGGCUGGCAACGGUGCGAGAUGAGAUCACGAAGAUGCUCGAGGAGGAGAAGAAGGCCAAGAGGGAGUUGGAGAAGAUGUCUGCGUCGAGUUUGAUGGACAGCAGUCCCAAGAAGGGGGCGAAGAGGACAGGAAAGGGCGCUGCGGCGACUCCAGGGUUGCCGUUUGCGAAUCUUCCCCUCAGUCUACCUUUCUGA